GGAGAAAAUACAGUAUCAAGGUUCCACUUCAGCGCUUCAGUUCCUCAACAGGAGGAUAUUUCUGAAUUGUACAUAUAUAAAUAACAUCUCUGUGCUUCCCUGCACGUCCAAAUUAAUAAUGCUGCGAGUGAGGUCUGCCGUCAGUCAGUCCUGGAGAGGGUUCAAGACUUUCUCAUGUGCAGCGGUGGAGGUGAAGAAUGAGCCUAUUCUGGGGUUUAAACAGGGCAGUAAAGAGAGAGCAGAGCUGGAGGAGGCGUUACGAAACCUGAAGGGAAACACAGAGGAAAUUCCAUGUGUGAUCGGAAAUGAAGAAGUGUGGACCAAAGACAUCCGAUUCCAGCUGUCGCCCUUCAACCAUUCUCACAAAGUGUCCAAGUUCUGCUAUGCUGACAAGGAUCUGCUAAAUAAAGCCAUUGAGGCUUCAGUCGCUGCUCGGAGGGAAUGGGAUCUUAAACCGGUCUCAGAUCGAGCCCAGAUCUUCUUCAAAGCUGCUGACAUCAUCAGUGGACCCAAGAGAGCAGAAGUUCUGGCCAAGACUAUGAUCGGACAGGGUAAGACUGUGGUCCAGGCAGAGAUCGACGCAGCUCCUGAACUCAUUGACUUCUUCAGGUUUAACGCUAAACAUGCGAUUGAGCUUGAAGAGCAGCAGCCGCUGGACAGUGACGGAAGCACAAACACCAUGCUGUACCGCGGCCUGGAGGGAUUUGUUGCUGCUGUUGCUCCAUUUAACUUCACAGCGAUUGGUGGAAACCUGGCCGGCACUCCUGCUAUUAUGGGUAAUGUGGUGUUGUGGAAACCCAGUGAUACCGCCAUGUCUGCCAGUUAUGCGGUCUACAAGAUCCUGAGAGAGUCUGGGCUGCCACCGAACAUCAUCCAGUUCGUCCCGGCCGACGGUCCGGUGUUUGGAGACACUGUUACGUCCUCUGAACACCUCGCUGGCAUCAACUUCACCGGCAGCGUACCAACGUUUAAGCGGUUGUGGAAGCAGGUUGCCCAGAAUCUGGAUAUCUACAGGAACUUCCCUCGCGUCGCUGGAGAGUGUGGUGGCAAGAACUUCCACUUUGUGCACAAGUCUGCAGAUGUCCGCAGUGUGGUGACCGGCACCAUCCGCUCUGCAUUUGAGUACGGUGGACAGAAAUGUUCGGCCUGCUCUCGGAUGUACGUCCCAGACUCUCUCUGGCCUCAGAUCAGACAGGGGCUCCUGGAGGUCCACAAGCAGAUCAAAGUUGGAGACCCAGUGGAAGAUUUCAGCACUUUCUUCUCAGCGGUUAUUGAUGACAAGUCUUUCUCCAGGAUUAAAGGCUGGCUUGAACACGCCAGAUCUUCUCCACAUCUGAAGAUCAUCGCUGGAGGAAACUGUGAUGAUCGGAAAGGAUAUUUCGUGGAGCCCACAAUAAUCGAGACCACCGACCCACAAGAGAAGAUCAUGAAUGAGGAGAUCUUCGGGCCUGUCCUGACAGUGUACGUUUACCCUGAAAACGACUACAAGAAAGUCCUGCACUUAAUAGACAACACUUCUCCAUACGCCCUAACGGGAGCCAUCUUCUCCCAAGACAAAUCUGUUAUUGAGGAGGCGGGAAAGGCUUUAAGAAACGCUGCCGGAAAUUAUUAUGUCAAUGAUAAAUCGACAGGAUCAAUCGUGGCCCAGCAGCCUUUUGGUGGCGCCAGAGCAUCAGGCACCAACGACAAACCCGGCGGCCCCCAUUACGUCCUGCGCUGGACGUCCCCUCAGGUGGUCAAGCAGACCCACGUCCCACUCACAGAAUGGAAAUAUCCUUACAUGAGCUAAAAGACCACUUCAUUUCUCUAAAAUCCCUCCGUAAAGACUCUUCUUAACGUCCCAAAGCCGCCGUGAAAAACACAAAACUGCUGUGAUCAUGAAGAGCACCAGUAAAAAGCAGACCAGACUGAAUGUACCCGAGGAUCUCUCUGCAAACAUCACUGGAUUAUUAAUACAAGCUAUUAAUUCAGCAAAAAAUGCACUGAACUCUUUUCACUUUCUCGUUUCACCGUUCACUCUAGUAUCCAGAGAGUAAAUCUAUCUUUUUAUAAUCAUUUAAAUGAAUGGAAGGAAAGGCAGUUGUUACAUUUUUACUAGUGCUAGGCAAAAGAUAGAAAAGAAAACAUAAUAAUCCAAAAUAAAAGUUUGUUUUGAUAGAAUUUAAGUGUGUACAGUGUAUAAAUAUUAUGCACAAAUACACACAGGCAUGCAUACAAUUGAUAAAAAGUCAAUAUUUAUAUUUAGAUACAAAUUAUAUAUACAUUUAAAUAACAAAAUGGUUUCGUAUAGUUUUGUUUCUAUGUGUGUGUGUGUGUGUGUGUGUAUAUCACGUAUGCAUAAUAAAUGAGCAAUAUCACACGAUUAGCAGUGCGAUAUGGCUGUAUAUCGUUACUGGUAAGAGGCGUGCGUUGGCUUAGUGUUUCACCAGUGAUGAUAUACAGCCAUAUUGCACUGCUAGGAGUGUGAUAUUGCGUUUAUACAACAGUUCGACGGCAUAAUCGUGUAUAAAAAAGAAAAUCAAACACGGAGAGUCUAAAAAUCCUUUUGUAUGAGGAACUACUUUCUUCCGCCGUUCAUUCACAUCUGCAGCUGACUUCAGAACAGCAGAAAACGUUGCUUAAAAACAUCACUUUAGAGCUUGAAUGAUUCUCUAGCGUAAUGUCUAAAGUGAAGACAAAACGGUUGAACGGCAUGAAAUGCCAUCAGUCUA